AUGCUGCAGCAAGAUUCCGAGGAAUUUGCAUAUCGUGAAUCAGAGCCCCGGAUAUUCAGAUUCAAUAACUUAAAGUUUACGUUUUAUGAUAACCGUCUGAUCGUGCGAUCGUACUCUGACCAUGCAUACGCAGCAGGCGGGACCCUUUUAGGGUCAAGCAGCGUGGGACUACUUGUUGUUGAGAUGAGAUUGUGGAAAGAUUUGAGUAUAGAACGUCAAUUUGGAACCCUUGAUUGGGUAGUCUGCGCGCGUAGGACUGGUCACAGACGUACGAGCUUUGAGAGUCUCGGCUAUACGUGCUGGCUGAGAGUUGGUCCUCUAACUCUGCCAUGUGGACUAGUCAAACAAUCCCCCAGAUGGAUUGUUUCCCCAGUACAACUAGGUGUGUCCUCUCACAGUCCAAGUUCGGGUCUUGGAGGGGUUUGCUCAACCCAGUACUCAAAGGGCCAAAAGUGGGGAGAUGAAGGAAAAGGCAAACUUGUCGACAUCUUGGCCCAACACUUUGACAUUGUUGCUCGUUGUCAGGGUGGAGCAAAUGCUGGACAUACCAUUUACAAUGUAGAGGGAAAGAAUUUUGCACUUCACCUUGUUCCCUCAGGUAUCCUUAAUGAAGAGACUCUUUGUGUUAUUGGGAAUGGAGUUGUGGUGCAUCUUCUAGGGCUCUUUAAGGAGUUUGAUGGCCUCGAAUCUAAUGGAGUCUCCUACAAGGGAAGGAUAUUGGUCUCUGAUCGUGCGCACCUCUUAUUUGAUUUUCACCAAGUAGUGGAUGGGCUUAGAGAAUCCGAACUUGCUAAAUAUUUCAUUGGCACUACCAAGAGAGAUGCUGUAGCAAGAUUCCGAGGUUUUGACUAUGGGCCCCAUGUGCUCAAAGCAGAAGUUGAAAAGUACAAGCGAUUAACAUGA